GAACAACUUUCACGCUCCCAUACGCACGCACAGUCGCAGAGAUUGCGAAAGCUGAGAGCCAGAGAGAAGAGCGAGGCAGCGAGGCGGAGAGCCAGGAGAGGCAGUGAAGUGUGGCCAAACUCGCCUUUUUCUUGCCUUCUUCUCCUUCCUCGUCAUUUUCUUCAUCUUCCGCCGCGCUCGCUCUGCUCCGCCGCCGUGCAUUCCCUGCCUGCGGCGCACCUCUGCUCGAGCUUUCGCGGCUGUUCUUCUCUCAGGGAGGCCGGGAAAUGGAGCUGAUCCAGGAAGCGUACUGCCUCCAGGCUUUCGGCUUCGUGUAGAGCCUUCCACCGAGCGCCUCCUCUCGUUCGAGUUGUCGGCGCUCUCUCUCUCUCUCGCUGAGUUUUUUUUCUUUCCCCCCCCUUCCCUCCGAGAGCUGGGCUUAUGGCUUACCGGAGACUGAUCGCCGUGAGCCUGGAUCCCGAACGGAAGAGGAGCGGCGGACUGAGGACGAAGCAGGCCGGGAGAGGAUCGUGUCGCGGGAGUUAGGCCCGUCGCCCCCCCCGCGGAAAUGCGCAGUCGCCACCGCCAGCACGGAUAGUUUCGUUCGCGUGUCCUUUUCCCUCUCCUCUUUGCCCUAGGUGUGCCGGUGCAUGGUUGUCGUGGAUUUGUCGACUUUGCGUUAUUGCGAGUUUCUCGAGUUCGGAGGCUUUUUUUCCCCCUAUUUUUGAGGGGCUCGAGGCGAUGGGCUACCUAUUGAAAGAGGCUCUGAAGACCUUGUGCGGCGUGAAUCAGUGGUCGUACGCCGUGUUCUGGAAGAUCGGCCACCAAAAUCCCAAGCUGUUGAUUUGGGAAGAGUGUUACUACGAGCCCAUGACAUUUUCUCUUCCUCCCCAAGUUUCUGGCUCUGGUCCUUCUGAAGCGCCACCUGGUGGUUGGGAAGCUAAAGAUAGAGUUCAAAUGCUUAUUGAAAGAAUGAUGACCAAAGCUCAAAUUAGUGUCGUCGGUGAAGGAAUAAUUGGCCGGGCUGCAUUCACAGGAGAUCAUGAAUGGAUUGUUUCAACAAGUUACGGUGGACAUGCCCAUCCACCUGAGGUUGUAAACGAGGUCCAUCACCAAUUCUCUGCUGGCAUACAGACAGUUGCAGUUAUUCCUGUUCCACUUCAUGGUGUUGUGCAACUUGGCUCUUCCAUAGCUAUCAUGGAGCACAUGGGGUUUGUAAAUGAUGUAAAGAGCUUGAUCCUGCAAGUGGCCUUCAUCCCUGGUGCUCUAUUUUCUAGCAGUUCUGCUGGAAAAGCUGGAAUGUUAGGCUAUCCUGGAAGCCUCACUGCUGCUGCUCCUGGCAAUUGUCAAGUGAUUGGCUCGGAAUCUUUGAUGACAAAAAGCUGCAAAGAUACGAGCAACUCUUCUCGCACUGCAGGGUUUGUUGGACAAUCUUCUCCACUAAUUACUAACACGGUGGAUAAUCUGCAGCCUGCUGCAUCUACAUUACUUACACUUGAAAAGGCCACGUCCCUAGCUGAACUCUGUAGUCACCCCUCCAAAUCUAGUCGUGCAUCGCUCAUGAAGACUAGCCUUUCUCCGAGGCGUGGAGUAGAUUCGGGGCUAGCCAGAGCUGAAGUUAUUCCUGCAAAUCUUGAUGUGUGGCUGAAUCAGCAUGCCGUUGCUUGCAAUUUGGGGAAUGACAAUAGAGGUCAAACUGCUUUGGGUCCAACAGAUGGUACAUGGAGCUUCUUCGAGCCUAUCAAGAAGAAGGUAUCAGCGGGUGUUGUGCUUGAGAAACCUGAGAAUAAAUGGACUAGUUUUAUAAAUAGCACUGUCACAGCUCAACCUGGAAGAAAUCAAUGUUCAAUCAUCAACCCGUGCAAAACUUCUGAUGCCACUCAGUUUCAUCAAAACGCUAAGCUGCUUCAUGGAGUAACUCGUCCUCCUAGAUCAAUUUCUGUUUCGUGCUCUCUUUCUGAAUCUGUCUCUAGGAACUUGGUUGCAAAUGCAUCAUUUCACGAUGCUGAUUGUACUAAAUUAGAGGGCAUUCCACUGUUUAAUUUGUCUGAACAAUUGCUUUCUGGAGCCUCUGGUCAGAGAAAUCAUCUAAUGAGCACAAAGCGUGGUCAGACUGAAUUGCCUUCUAAGAAACAGAGGGUGGUUGAUAAUUUUUCCCGACAAGUCAUGCCACCAGACUAUUCAGAUAUAUCUUUGAUCGAGCAGAAGCCUGAGUGGGCUCUUUCUUCUGAGAAGCUUGAGGGUGGAAGUCAAAAAGUGAUUUCCUCAUGUGACACGUAUGAAAAUGCGUCUGUCCAACAAUUAGUAAGGAAUGAUCUUUUUGAUAUUUUGGGUGCAGACAUGACGGAUAAUAUAAUUGAUGGUAACUUAGAAAGUUUGCUGACUGAUGGGCCCUAUUUUGAUGCACAUAAGUCAGGUGCAGAAGCUUCGUCUGUUGUGAACUUGCAGGAAACACAGACAGAUCUAGGUUCACUUAGUGAAGGUGUCUCAGAAAGCGGAAUCUUCUCCAUGACAGCUGUUGAUAAUCUUUUAGAUGCUGUUGUUUCUGGGACUCGCCCUACUUCAAAGCCAAUCUCUGAUGACAAUAUUUCAUGUAGGACAUCAGUGACAAGAAUCAGUAGCUCCUCUGUUCCCAGUAGCUCUUCCUUGAAUAAAAAUUUCAAUAUGCUAAAUCAAGAGCACAAGGACUUCUGUGGCAUUCAGAAGUCUCUUGUAAAGGCUGGAGUGUCUGAUUCUGGUUCUUUAAGGUCUGGCUGUAGCAAGAAUGGAGUGGAGAUGUGCUCUGUGAGUAACUCCUUUUAUGGAUCACAUAUUAGCUCUUGGGUUGACCAAGGUCACGGUAUAAAACAAGAUGAUAAUGUUUCGACUGGGUAUUCCAAAAGGCAGGAUGGGAUGAUCAAAUCAAAUCGGAAGAGGCUAAAACCUGGUGAAAAUCCAAGACCAAGGCCAAAAGACCGGCAGAUGAUCCAAGAUCGGGUGAAAGAGCUGCGUGAAAUUGUGCCGAAUGGAGCAAAAUGUAGCAUUGAUGCGCUGUUAGAACGUACUAUCAAGCAUAUGUUGUUCUUACAAAGUGUUUCAAAGCAUGCGGACAAGCUAAAACAAAUUGGGGGAUCGAAAAUCAUCAAUGAGGAAGGUAGAAUUCUCUUGAAAGACAAUUUUGAGCGAGGAGCGACUUGGGCGUACGAAAUUGGUUCACAGUCAAUGGUCCACCCCAUCAUAGUUGAGGACCUGAAUCCACCCCGUCAAAUGACUGUGGAGAUGCUUUGUGAGGAGCGAGGUUUCUUUUUAGAAAUAGCUGACAUGAUAAGAGGAUUAGGAUUGACCAUCUUGAAGGGGGUAAUGGAAACUCGCAGCGACAGGAUCUGGGCUCGUUUUGCUGUAGAGGCUGACAGGGAUGUUACGAGGGUGGAGAUAUUUAUGUCACUAGUACGCCUUCUCGAGGAAACCAUAGAGAGCAGUCCAUUGGUCGCUAAUUCCAUUGAUGGAAAAACACCGAUGGUGUGCCAGCCCCUCACACGAGCAACCUCCAUACCUGCGACAGGCGGUCACAACGUUUUGCAGUGAAAGCCUUGCCUUGCCCUCGAUUUGCCUCCUCCUGGAUAUGUUGAGAGCGAGCCUUGGUGUGGCUUGCUAUGACUGACAGACUCCAGUCUCAAAUCGUCAGUUGGUUCUGACCUUGAGGAGGUUGUCGCGGCCUCUCGAAUCACGUCUCCCCAUCAGAGAAUCGGUUCCGUGAUGAUAGGAGCUCUAUCCAGAGCGAUCAAUCGAUGUUUUGAUGAUGUGCAAAUUUAGCCAAGAUAAGCCCGCGAGCUUUUUCCUAAACCUGUGGAUUUGUGGGAGGUUUGAGGAAUGAAAGAGUCGUGUUCCGAGAUGUAUAGAGAACGGGUACUGUGACCGGUCAA